AUGGAGCAGCUCGGCCCAGCCGCCUCAAGACGGCUCUGCCUUGCACACGCUUUGAUACUUGAGACAGAAUCUCGGGAGGGGUUUUGGUGUUCUCGGCUUGAUUUCUUAAAUUCUGAGGGCUGCGUUCUCUCAUUUCAGGCUCUGUUUGUGGCCAACUUUGCAAAGGUUCAUGAAAAGACCCAAAUCCUGAACGAGGACUGGAAGAAGCUUCGGGUCCAGCCGGUGCAGCUGAUGAAGCCGGUCAGCGGGCACCCGUUCCUCAAACAGUGCACUGUCGAGAGCAUUUUCCCCGGGUUCCCGAGCCAGACACUGUACAUGAGGACCCUGAACACGGUGGCACUGGUGCCCAUCAUGUACUCCUGGUCCCCUCUCCAGCAGAAUUUCAUGGUGGAGGAUGAAACUGUUCUGUGCAAUAUCCCUUACAUGGGAGACGAGGUGAAGGAAGAAGAUGAAACUUUCAUUGAAGAACUUAUUAAUAACUAUGACGGGAAGGUCCAUGGAGAAGAAGAAAUGAUUUCAGGGUCAGUCCUCAUCAGCGAUGCUGUGUUCCUGGAGCUAGUGAAUGCCCUGAAUCAGUACUCAGACGAGGAGGAGGAAGGACACAAUGAUUCUGAGGUUAAGCAGGAGGAUGGGAAGGAGGAGCUGCCCGUCACAAGGAAAAGGAAGCGAACUGCAGUGGAAGGUAACAAGAAGUGUUCGAAGAAGCGGUUUCCAAAUGACAUGAUAUUCACUGCUAUUUCUUCUAUGUUUCCUGAAUACGGCUUCCCAGACGAUAUGAAAGAGAGGUACCGGGAGCUGACGGAAGUGUCGGACCCCAACGUGCUGCCGCCGCAGUGCACCCCCAACAUCGACGGGCCGUGCGCCAAGUCGGUCCAGCGGGAGCAGUCCCUGCACUCCUUCCACACCCUCUUCUGCCGCCGCUGCUUCAAAUACGACUGUUUCCUGCAUCCUUUUCAUGCUACUCCUAAUGUGUACAAACGAAAGAAUAGAGAGACCAAGAUCGAGCCAGAUCCUUGUGGAGCAGACUGUUUCCUCUGGCUGGAAGGAGCCAAGGAGUUUGCUGCGCUGCACAACCCCAGGUCCAAGUGCUCGGGCCGGCGCCGUCGGAGGCACCACGUGGUGGGUGCGUCCUGCUCAAGCACCCCGGCUUCCGCCGUCACCGAGACCAGGGAGGGGUGUCGGAAGGCAACUGCCUGA